AUGCCACGUCGUCGCAGUGGUCGGUGCCCCUUCUCGCUGUCCACCUUUGCGUCCUGCUCGCAGCAUUGCCUUCGCUCUUCCCCUGCGGCGAUGCGCCAUGUGCAUGCUCGAAUAUGCCACUACAGCUCUUGCAAUCUUGUAGGUCGCCGCAUCUCAUAUAUGAGCUCAGGAAUCGCUGAAGUACCGACAAGCGGCACGCCGUGGGAGCGUCUCGUGCGCCUUGUCACUGGCCUUCCUUCGGCCGAGCAGCGAAGCUUCGCGCUCACGGCAACGGGCGCCCCCGCUUUGGUCAACGUAGCGGCUGUCCGUACUGCCCUUCCUGCAAUUCGUGAGCUAUGGUUGUCUGCCUACCACCCCGCCUUCGGUUGCGGUGAGGAGCGUGAUCGCGACGGCGCCAUCGCCUCUGCCGUCACCGCGUCCGACUUGGAUGCACAGCGGCAGCAGCACCAACUUCUCCCAGAAGAAGCAGAGGAGCUGCCGCUGUUUGUGCAAGCGCUAGGCCACCUCGCCGCUGCUCUCCACGAGUCGAUCGGAGAGGCGACUGAGGCAGCAGCAGCAGCGGUGGCGGCUGACGACGCCGACGCUGAUGCCCACCUUCUGAAGAUGCACGAGUGGCUCGUGGAGCUGCAGGCGCUCUUGCUCUUUAUCGGGCAGUACCACCUGCGCUUCCUGAUUCCAGCCACCUUUUUGCCUAAGCUGUCAUCCCUGGCUGUCUCACCCGUGCCGGAGACGCGCGCGGUCGACGGAAGCGGUGGCGCGAGCUGCAGCAGCGAGCUCGACCGACCAGUGGCCGCGAAACGGCGAGAGACGCAGGUCCGUGACGACUCAUCAGUGGGGCAGCUUGCGGAUGAGGCAAUUGCGAACCACACGAGUGCACCUCCGGCGGUCGUCAAAGGCAUCGUCCCCGGCGCCGCCUCCCUUCGCCGCCUGUUUCGCCACGCGCGCGAGCAUGUGCAGGACAUGGCGCCGCCGCUGCCGGCAGAGGAGCUUUUCCGCGUUGUGGUGCUGGUCGAGGCCGCGCGGACCAUCCUUGACGUGACGCAUCCUCCGCCGCUGGCGUCAGGUGUACGCGCGGAGGUGUACGGCGUGCUCUUGUCCGUCGUCAGCUCGAGUGAGCAGCUGUCGUCUACGACGCUUGCGUCGCUCGCCACGUGUCUGGCGCGAUGUGUCGAUAGCUAUGCGAUGCGCCAGCAGCUUUCGGCCGCUGCACGUGCGCCACAGGAGUCGGGCGCGGUGCUGGGGGACUGCGACGACGGUGGUGGCAUGCAGGUGCGCGGAGAGCGUUUUGCUGAUGCCGGCUGCGCAGCACUUUCUGCAUUUUUGCGGCGUGUCUCACACAACAUCGCCGCGUGCUCUGCAGGCACCUCUCUCACCAUAUCGCCCUCACCGAUUGAGCGGCAUGAGGCUGCACAGCUCAAUCGCCUCCGUGGCGGCCUCGACACUCGCCUGCGCCCUACCAGCGUCCUGCAUCACGUUCGCGUACUCGCGAACGUGAUGCAGCGCCGUGUCGCCCAAACGCUCUAUGACACGGAGUCCGAGCAUGGCGCUCACCAGAUACAGCAGGAGGCAGGGAAGUGCGGCGCCGACGGCGCAGAUGUCCCUGUCAGCAGCACCGGCGCCGCUCGCGUGGCAAAGGAAGCGAGGAUAGAGGCCGGCAUGCUGGGCAUACUCACGCUGGAGAAACUCAAAGCACGGGCAGGGACGACGUCGAGUGAGACUAGGCCGCUAACGGCGACCCAGCCGCGGCGGAAGCGUCGCACUGUGGCAGAGAUUAGGGCUGCUGCUGAGAGGGAUCGGGUGGAUGCGGGCAACUUCUCAGCGCAAGGUAACCCUGACGCUCCCUCUUCUCACGCGCCAAACGGAAGCGCUGCUCCACCUUCAUCCACGCCCUGCAGCGCCACAAGCGACACGACUCGAGUGUCCUUCACUGACCUCGCGGAGGUGUGUAGCGCCAUGGCAGCCAUCGGCUUUCGCGGCGACGACACCGCUGCAGAGGAGCCGAUGUGGCGGCACGCAGUCGAGUUCGCCUGUGCGGAGAUCGUCGCGACGGCGGAUGCUAGAGACGCAGCGGCUGCGGUGGCUCGUGCCGACAACGGAGAUGCUGCUGGCGUCGCGGCAGAUCGAGAGGCGGUGGUUCGUCAGACUUUGUUGGACGCGCGCGAUUUGUGCUUUGCACUCGAUCGGGUCGACUACACGCACGGCUACGAUCGCGUCAUGACGACGCUGGUGCGCUGCGGCUUCCUGCGCGAGCCGAUUCCAGCGCCCUCGGCUGCUCGGCGGUCCAUGAAGGACAUCCCGUCCUCCGUCUAA